GGACGCCAGACAAGAAACAAACCCUCAGUGCGAAGCAAAGCGAAGCCUGUCUUGCCUCACAUUUCUUUCCCACUCUUCACCAUCAGCCCCUCUUUCUCUCUCUCUCUCUCUUUCUGCUUUAGAGACUGCAGCGCGUUCUACGGAGAGUGAGGAAGAUGGCUUCCAACUCCAAGAACUACAGAGCGUGAAGCAUUCCUUCUAAUUCCCCUUUUGUUUACCCCCAUUGCUCUCUCUUUGCUUUUUGUCUACAGCGAGUUUGGUGUAUUCUGAUAGCAAGAAACGCAACCUUGUUUUCUUCUCCAUCGCAGUUGGCAAGGCUCUUUCUUCUUUUUCUGUGUGGUGCUAUAAAAAGCAAUUGAAGUUUCAGAAUUCCCUGCUGUUCCUUUCAGAUUUCAUGGGCUGCGGCUUUAGCAGGAUGUCCAGCGGCACGCCACCGGAACUCGCCGUGGACGGCGCCGUCGGCAACGCAACCGGUCUUGCGGCCGCCACUUCCGCCGCCGGUGUCGGCUCGGGCAGCAUCCAGUACACGGCCGAGCUGAGCUCCUACGAGGCCGCGUGCCGCCUUGACCCGGAACUCCAGACAUUCGACGCCACCCUGCAGCAGCGCACGAGCCGCGCUAUUUCCACCCUCGCCCUCGGCGUCGAGGUCCACGCCCUUUCCUUCGACUCCCUCAGAGAGGUCAUCGGAUGCCUCCUCGAGAUUAACCAGGAGGUGGUGAAGGUCAUACUGGAUUCCAAGAAGGACGUGUUGAAGAACCCCGAGCUCUUCGAACUCGUCGAGGACUACUUCGAUAACAGCCUGCAGACCAUCGACUUCUGCACCGCACUCGAGAACUGCCUCAAGAAAGCCCGCGACAGCCAAUUGAUCAUCCACACUGCCCUCCAGCGUUUUGCAGAUGAUGAACAGGAAGUCGAUGUCGAUGGCAGAAAGAAGUACGUAAGGACUCUAGACGAAUUGAGGCAUUUUAAGGUGGCCGGCGAUCCAUUUACCCAAGAAUUCUUUCAGCUAUUCCAAACAGUUUACAGACAGCAGCUGUCGAUGUUGGAGAACCUUCAACUGAGAAAGGGGAAGCUUGACAAGAAGCUCAAGCGCCUUAAAACUUGGCGGAAGGUAUCGAGCAUCAUGUUCGCGGCAGCUUUCACGGCUGUAAUUAUCUGCUCGGUGGUGGCUGCUGUGGUAGCUGCGCCGCCGGUCGCAGCAGCUUUGGCCGCUGCGGCAUCCAUCCCUAUCCCGGCAGGGAAAUGGAUCGACUCCCUGCUGAAGGGCUACCAGGAUGCUCUGGAAAGGCAAAAGGGGAUUCUCAAUUCGUUGCAUGUGGGAACCUACCUUAAGUUGAAGGACUUGGAUAUCAUCCAGAUUCUGGUGGAUAAGUUGGAAAUUCAGAUUCACUCACUGUUGGAUGCUUCUGAUUUUUCCCUCAGAGAUGAGGAUGCUGUGAGAUUUGGGAUCGAAGAGAUUAGGAAGAAGUUGGCGGAGUUCAUGAAGAGUGUUGACUCUUUGGACGAGCAAGCGGAUCGAUGCAACAGGGAUAUUAGAAGGGCAAGGGCAAGGACAGUUGUGCAUCAGAAAAUUAUUAGGCACCCAAAUUGAGCAGAUGCAGCCGCAGCAUGUGCCUGAUUGGCCUUGAUGAUCCUGUUGAAACAUCCUGCGCCCCAUGUGUGGGAACAAUAUUGUGGCUCCUUGAAGAAGAAAAAACCACAGGAGCAUGAAACUCCGAGACCUGACACCACAAGGCAUUGUGUGCAUUACUGCUCUUCGAUGAUCUGGAACCCUGUUACUUGUUCUAGGAUGUGUUAUUUAUUGUUUUUGAUCUGGGUGUCUUGUUUUGGAUAUUACUGUUCUCGUGCCUUUUUUUCCUGGGUGUUAUCAUUAUGUAAUUUUAAUUCAAUGACAACAUUGUGCUA